AUGCGGCGCGCAGAGCGUCUUCCUGAGCCCGUGCACAGGGGCAAUGGGCGGGGUGGUUGGCUGCGUCGGUGGUGGCACAAGCGCCCUCUUGAGACGCAGGAAAAACAUGCCCUCGACACUUUUGCUAUGCAUACAAAAGAAGAAGCAAAGCAGGUAUCUGAUCACGAGACGAAGCAAGCUUCUCGUUUAAAAUUUGCCCAUGCUCAUCAACGCAUUUUACCGGAAGAUUUACCUCAGGAUUAUGAACCAGACGAAGUUUACCGUGGUCUAGAUGAAUAUGUCGCUGCAAGGAGGAGUGUGCGUAGAAAAGAACAGCGUAUGAAUCGACGCUCUGCCUCUCACGAUUCGGAUAGCGACUCAAGCCACAGCAGCAGCUCAGACUCGAGUAGCGGCCCCCAAGUUAUUUCGCGUAUUCGUGCCUUAUUUGGGGACAGCUCAGACAGUUCAAGUGACUCGGAAUCAGACAAUGAUGACUCUGACGCUGAGUCGUCCUUGCGGUCAUCUAGCGCUCGAGAUUCCCAUGACACGGAUGUCUCGGAUCGUUUGUCCGCGACGAGUGUUCGUUCUCGUCGAGAUACGUCUGUUGUCAAUACUCCCAACAUGUCGUCCGCAUUUUCUCCCUGGACUCCUCGCUUAAGUGCACUCACUAGUACGCGACGAAGGCGAAGGCAUAAGCGCCGUCAACAGCGCCAGGAGCGCCCCGCGCACAUUGUCAAAGCUAGUCGUAUGGCUCGGCGUAAUGCUCGUCGUUUGCGUGAAUUAUCUGGAGGUGUUACCGAAUACACUCUUUUCUCCCCAACAGGCGAUGCACGUUCUAAUACCGUUUACUCACAUUCUUGGGAUCAAAUUUGGGAGCGCAUGGAAGAAUACUUUCAGUAUCAUCGACAAACGGAUGGCCAUGCGGGCGACCUAGGCAUACCGGGAGUUUCUGAAAUACCAAGUGAAAGAAUGCAACGUCUCAACGAUGAAGAUUUCUUGAAACUGCCAUCGCCUGCGCUUAAUUUGGACAAUACAGAAUCAAAACCUACCCAAGCUGAUGAUCAUGCGGAAAUCUCUUUCGAGCAGGAACGUUUGACUGGACGUCACAUGUCAGACGUACCUCUCACUCCUUAUUUCCGCUCCAAUAUCUCGGGAGAGGUAGCGCCAUCGCCGAUGCCAUUUGCUUCAUUGUCUACUAAACUAAAGCCACAAAUGAAAUCUGACCCAGUUUCACCCUUGCCUGGCAGCAAUCUUCCUAAUUCCUCCACAAUAGAUACCAUUCCCGAGGAGCCUGCCGAGUUGUAUCUACCUGAAGCUGCUCUCGAUAUAUACGGACAACCACACAACGUUCAACCCAAUGUAACACCCCCUGAUGUCGCCAUAACGAAACAUUCUCUUCGAUCUGACCCUUGGUGGCUAGAUAUCCGGUGUCCCACCUACAAAGAUAUGCAACAGCUAAGCCAACAUUUUCCGCUGCACCCACUGACGGUGGAAGAUAUCUUAAAGCAAGAACCGCGUGAGAAGGUGGAAACAUUUGAACGUCUCGGGUACUAUUUUGUUGUUAUUCGUGCAUUAGAUGAAAACCACUUUCGUUUUACUCGUCCUAGCACUAAGCGCAAAGAUGAUAAAUCCACUCAAGAUACCAUGUUGCUAUCACCGGGACUUGUGGAAGCACAAGUUCCAAAAACGCCGCGCGCUCGGAAUAUCGCUCCAAAGCAAACUUCGGAAGAAGGGCGCGUUCACAUCGAAACUGUGAAGUCCGAGUCCGGCAAGGAGGGUCUAGAGGGUUUGACGGCUGGUUCUGUUUCUCUUUACCUUGUCGUAUUUUCCCAUGGUGUGUUGUCAUUCCACUUUGAAGAUCUUCGCAAUCAUACUGAAAGAAUCCGUGACAAGCUAGAUUCCGCUUACACAGACAUGCAGCACAAUGCUGACUGGAUUGUACACAGUCUGUAUGAUUCAAUCGUUGACGCAUUUUCCCCUUAUGUUACAUUCCUGCAAUCAGAAGUUGAAUACGUGGAAUUUCUUUCGAAUGACUUAGACAUCACUCCAUUCCAGGACGAGAAACGGUCGCUUUCAACAAAGAUACGCCGUUUUUUCACGGAACCGUUGUUCUCGACACCUGACGAUAAACGUACGGGUCUUAUUGCCGAAGAUCUUCUUCGUUCGCUACCGGAAGGAAGUAAAGAAUAUGUUGAAUAUCUUGUUAGGCGCUCGAAAAAGCGGAAGGCAUUUUCUACAUACGAUGCUCUGCACCAGAGUCAUUUUAUUUUGCGUCUAACGCGUGUCCGCGAGGUCGUAAUGGGUCUUACGAGGCUGUUAUUGCCUAAGGCGGAUGUCGUAAGAACUCUGCGUAAGCGACUUUUUGACUCAAAAAACUUUGUGCGUGAAAGCAAUAUGCUAGAAUUAUACUUUGAUGACAUUUUCGACCAUGUUGCUUCCAUGUUGACUCAACUUCAGGACCGUGAAUACGGCCUGAACCACACUCAUUCAGCAUUUCUUUCGAUAUCAUCAUUGAGUGCCAGUCGUUUUCAACGCCGUGUUAUCAUAACGCUCAUUUGGGCUUGUAUGAUCAUCAAUAUUGUUUUCUUCUGCACGUUGUAUUGCACCUCUUUCAGUAUGAACGUUCAAAUCCCGGCUGACUCGGCCUUAUGUGAGGGUGAUGACGGUUCAAUAGGUGAUUGCACCCACACGCCUUUUGCUGGAAUUGCUUCAUCACUUGUUGUAUUUCCCACUAUUUUGAUUGCUGUGUACAGAGUAAUAAUGCGCCGCUCAGAAGCCCGAUCAAAACGAAAGAUGGCUUCUCGAUAA